CGGGAUGACGUGUUUGCUGGCGUAGAGCUGCGGUUCCUCGGCUGCUACUAAAUGAAUGCAUGGUGGGGAUGGAGGAGCAGGACGCACCGGCGGUCAGACUGUGCGCACUGCUGACCUCCCCACGCACACACGCACACAAACAACCACACACACGCACGCACACUAUCACACCCAGGAUUUGUCGUCGUCACUCCUGAGGAUUUCUUGCCUGUUUGGAUUUUCAUUUCUUUGCAGUGAAACGCAGUGGUUGACAUCUGCAACAGUUUUUUCUUUAUUACAGGACGCGAGUGGUGAGUUGGGAAGUUGCUUGUACACAUCUGUGAGCUGAUUAUAUCAUAUCAUCUUAAAACAAGAGGGGAGCCAGCAUGCUGUCCUCCCUGAAGACCCUGCUGCUGCUCUCGGUCCUGUGCGCACCGACCUCCAGCCUGUGCCUGCGCCUCUACCACAGCCGCUCCGACCUCCUGUGCACCGACCAGCUGGAGGAGCCGGGCUACUCCCCCGUGGAGGACUGGGGGUCCCUGCUGCAGUCCGCGGAGUACCUCACCUCCCUCUCCUCAUCCUCCUCCUCCUCGUCAUCCUCCUCUGGCGAGUCCGGCCGCGGCAAGAGGACCUCGAGUCCCGCAAACUACCGCUUCAUGAGCCGGACCAAGCUCAGGGGGCAGAUGCUCCGCAACAGCAGCAAAGGGGACCGCAGGAGCAGACUGACCCUGUCCCUGGACGUCCCCACCAACAUCAUGAACGUCCUGUUCGACGUGGCCAAGGCCAAGAACCUGCGCGCCAAGGCGGCCGAGAACGCGCGUCUCCUGGCGCAGAUAGGACGGAGAAAGUGACCGUGAAGGACACAAGUUUGAUUCUAACAUGACCAGUGUGCGCCUCGUUACUCUGCUGUAAUCGAUUACUUCUCAUUCACUUUUUAAAGUAAUUGUAUUGGUCUGAUUCUGCGGGGCAAUGGUAGAUUUUGUUUUUCUCACAUUCCAGGUAAAAGAUGUUUCUAAUGUCACGAUUACUGAAAGUUUCAAAUCAGAUCAAAGGUAUUCAUCAUCUUUUUUUUUUGCUCCAAUCCAGAUUAGGGACAAUAAUAAUAAUAAUAAUAAUAAUAAUAAUGAUAGGGGCAAUAAAGGAUGUGAACAGAUUAAACCUUGUGACUCCAAGAUGGAUGAUGAUUCAGGAUUCCAACUCAUAAAUUUGAAGUUAUAUAAAAUAUAUACAGAUUUGAUGAAAAACUGAUUAGUCGAUAUUCUUUGCUGCAAAUUUCCAAGCCUAUUUAUACUAAACUUAUAUAUUUUUUAAUGUUUUAUUUGUGUUAUAAUGUGAUUGAAGAAAAUCCACUUGUUUCCAGUUUCAGCAUCUUGAGUCAAGACAGAAUAAGAUCAAGAGCCACGAGGUCAAAUCUGUAUGAAGAUGAUUGUUGAUUUCUGCCGAGAAAAGAUUAGAGACGUGCAGAUUCUCUCACUCUGCAGCAGACUGCUUUCAAGUCUGCAGAGAGGAUUUCAUGUUUUUAUUAUUAAUAUUAUUAUUGUUGUUAUAGCAGUACGGGACAAACCUCUGAUUUUAUUUUUCAGGAGAAUGAAUACUUAAUAGGUUUAGUUUACCCCUGAGUCAUGAAAUUUUCAAUCUCGGACUAAACCACAAGAACAAAGUUAUCAUUUACUUUUAUUUCCUUUUGCAAAUGACCAAUGUUGCAUAAUCAUAACAUUACAUUUCAGAGGAUUACAUGUUUUUUUUCUCUUUGCUGCCUCGUUUCUGAUCAUUUGUUGUUCAGAAAUUCACAUGAGGACCUGUAACGACUCCAGAUUUCAGUGUGAAACACACAAACCAACCGACACAUCAUGAAACACAGUCAAAAUGCAAAUGCAUGGGAAUGUAUGUGUUCAUCAGAUGUCUGUUAUUUUUAUACAACUCAAAAUAAAGGAUUAUUUUUCCUCAA